AUGUUUUCAGGCAUUCCCACAUCAGUCGAUGCCGUAGGAAUUCUAGAGCCUCGUCUUCACCAAACAAUGGGGAAGAGACAUCAGGAGAAGGGAAAGGCGACCAGGAUGAGCAGGAGAGGAAUGGAUCCAGGGGAAGAGGGCAGGAUUCUGUCUGACGGAGGAGGGUCGUAUCAGAGGACUGGGGCGCCCAUGAAAGCUGGCAGCAACAAGUUUGACAUCCCCGCGGUGAAGCCUUACCUGGCAUAUGCUCUCCUCUUCCUCAACUUGGCGGUCUACGGAGCAGGAAUAGCAGUGGCCUUGACUCAGGGGAAUGAUGCUAGCAAUGAAUGGUUUCUGUCACUGGCCAAAGUCAACGAAAAGGUUGCAAGCGGUGAAUUCUACAGGUUGCUCACCUGCACAUUUCUGCAUGCGGGCAUACUACACCUGGGGCUCAACUGUUGGGCACUGUACAGCAUCGGCCCAGAGGUUGAGGGUGUCAUGGGAUACAGCACAUUUGCUGCAAUCUAUGUCCUCUCUGGAUUGGCUGGCUCAACAGCCUCCUUCCUCUUCAGCGACCUGAUCACUGUCGGAGCAUCAGGCGCCAUCUUUGGGCUGUUGGGAGCUACCGCGGGCUAUUUCCUGCGCAACAGGGCGCUGCAGGGCUCAACACAGCAACUGACCUACAUUGCCGGCAUCGUCGCGCUUAAUAUCUUCCUUGGCGCUUCCCCAGGGUCGAUGAUUGACAAUAGCGGGCACCUGGGAGGGUUGUUUACAGGGGUGGCCCUGGGGUACAUCAUGGCGCCAAAGUGGGUUGUGGUAAGCCAAUUCGCGCACCUGCCCCAUCCCCCACCUGCUUAA